CCCCAUUUCUCCCCCCCUUGACCUCUUUCAAAAGAGUUCUCUCCGCUUUUUAAGCAGAGAGAGAGAGAGGGAAAAAGAAGAAGACAGACGUCAAGUAGACGAUAGAGAGAGAGAAAGUCGAGCGACGCUCCUUCCUCGCCUUCGUCAGCGUCCCUGUUCCCCCCAACCUUCCAGGCGGUUAUCCCUGCCUCGGUUGUCCUUUUUUGUCCUACUUCCACUUCAUCAGAAAGGGGAAGUGAAGUCGCACUCCCCACAGCAAGUCACUCUCAUCCACACAGGGAGUGAUCAGGCAUCGCAAGUCGCCAGGAGCGCACGACGACUUUCGACGCCCUUAGUUCCCAUCUAGUCCUCAUUCGCGCUCACUCAUCGACGUAGAAUGAGCACGACACCGGCUCAGCAGCAGCCGCAACAGUCGCAGAACGCCAGCCCAGCAGCAGCAGCAGCAGCAGCAGCAGCUCCCUUCAACUACGCUGCAGCCGCUGCCAAGUCGAAGCAGCAACAGCAGCAGCAGCAAGGAGGAGGAGGAGGCGGCGCAGCAGCAGGCGCCGCAUCCUCUACCGCCACUUCAUCAGGAAAUGCGUCGCCCGCUGAUGCUGUGAGCAGGACUGCCACGCCUGGCGUCAACGGCUCAGGGGCGAGCGCAGGCGCAGGCGCAGGCGCAGAUGCUCGUCGAGGCGCACCAGUUAGCAUGGCGAAGCCAUCCGUUUCAGGUGGACCAGGAGGCAUCAACUUUGGCUCCGUCCACGACUCGAGCGCUGCUCUCUCCUCCUCGCCCGCCGUUCAGCCUACAUCGGGACAGCAUCUGCAGGGCGAUAAGCCAGCCCUCUUUGGCUCCGUAGAGGCUGCAAAGCAAAAAGUCGUCGGCUUCGGUGGCCAGGGUGCCGCAGGCUCCACCAAUGCAGCGACUCCGGCUCCUCGCGAGAAGGUCGACUUCCAAAAGCUCUUCCAGGGUGGCGGCAAGAAUGCUGCAAACAAGGCAGCCACACCUGCUGCUCCUGCCAAUACCGACUCACAGAACGGCGUCAAGGCAUCUUCUGCAGCCCCCGCCACCGAGGUUCAGCCCCCUUCGUCGCCUGCUGUGAGCAACCGCAACGGCACCGCAGCAGCAGCAGCAGCAGCCAACAAGCCGCCAUCUACACCCGCUCCUGUCGGCGGCAAUCCGUCCCUCUUGGCAACGCCUCAGCAUCACCACCCAAACGCCCAGAGCCAGCCGUUUGAGCCGCAGCGCUCCCCCUCUCACCACUUCAGCACGCCGAGUGCAGGUGGUAUGCGCGCUCCCUCCGGUGGCAUGCCAGCACCCUUCCAGCCUCAUCAGCCGCGAAGCCCGCACCUCAAUCAGUCACCUAUGCAGCCGAUGAUGGGCGGCGCUCAACCUCACUGGCAGCAGCAUGCUCAGCACGCCGCUCAGCAGAUGUACUAUCCGAUGGGCGCGGGAGCGUACGGUUACCAGUACGCAGGUGGCCACCCGCCUCAGUGGCAGCAGCAGCAGCAGCAGCAGCAGCAGCAGCAGCAGCAACAGCAGCAGCAGCAACAACAGCAGCCGGGCUUCGAGGCCCGCUCACCGCACGCCUCACCAAUGGUGCACCACCCUCCCUCCACGCCCGCAACCAUCUCCUCCCCAGCAUCCAGUCGAGCACAGGCUGCGCCCUUCUCGCCCUCGACUGCUCCCAGCAGCAUUGCGUCACCUUCGAUCCACGGCGGUCAUCUCGGAAUGGGUCGCCCUCCGCCUGCCUUCCAGAUGCCAGGCGCCGGCUAUGGUCACAGCCCGAGCCACUCGUUCAGCGGCGCCAAUGCCAUGAGUCCUUCGGCGAGACAAUUUGAGCCUGCACAAAAGCGCGCGAGCAGCGCGAUCAGAAUUGUCAACCCUGACACCAAGGCGACAGUCGACGUCAAGGCUAGCCCAGCGCCGACGCCGAAGCCUGCAGCCCCAGCAGCCUCACCCGCUCCGACCAACGACAGCAAGGACGCUACGCCUGCCUCUACGCCCGCUGCCACCCCGGCGCCCGCCCAGGCACCAGCUGCAGCACCUGCGACUCCCGCCCCUGCAGCCGCAGCCGCUCCAUCCACGCCCACGCCCGCAGCCGCAGCCGCUCCUGCCACGCCCUCAUCGAAAGGCCGCAUCGAGACGGCCAACGAAUUCCAGGCGCGUGUAAAGGCCCUCGCAGAGGAGAACCAGCGCAAGAAGGCCGCAGCAAAGGAGGCCGCCCUCGCCAAGUCUGACGAGGCCGAGCAAGAGCGCAAGAAGAAGGCAGAUGCCGACGCUGAGGCUGCGAAGAAGCGCGAGGAAGAGGAAAAGGCGCACAAGGAGCGCGAAGCCAAGCUCGAGGCCGAAAAGAAGGCUGAUGCCGAGAAGAAAGAGGAGGAGGCACGCAAGGCCGCCGCUGCUCAGGAGCAGGCUGCGCGGGAGAAGGACGAGGCCGAUGCCAAGGUUGCCGAGGGGCCCAAGGCUACUGCGGACAAGGCGGAGCAGGACGAGCAAAAGGUCGCCGACCGUGUCAUCGACACCAAUGCCGCAGGCACACAGGCAGAGAGCGCCAAGCUCGACGCCGAGGAGUCAGUCGCUACGGGCGAAAAGUCCGGCGCAGAGGCAGGCAAGGACGCUCUAGGCACCCCACGCUCCGUCGCCGACAUCGAGCGCAUGGCGCGAGAGGCAUCGUCUGUCCCCUCCACACCGCACGAGACGGUCGGCCGUACCCCUCUCUUCCCCACUACGCCCCGCACUCCUGGCACACCGGGCUUCGCUGGCCUCCCCGCCAAGCCCAUGAGCUCCAUGUCCGCCUCUACCAGCGCCAACGGCGGUGUCGGUAGCGGCACCAGCAUCACACUGGACAGCGCACAGCUCGAGAAGCGUCGCAAGCCCGCUGCACUCGACACUGCCGCGGCUCAGAAGACGGCCUCUGCCGCGCCUGCCAGCAGCAGCAGCGAGCCGCCAGCCUCUGCUGCCUCGCAGGCCCUGGGCUCCGCACGCUUCAUCGACGACAUCUCCAAGGUUGCCUACCCAGAGAACGUGCAAUCUCCGAAGCCCGAGCUGAACAAGACUGCCGAGCCUGGCAAGUUCCGCUACGACCGCGACUUCCUGCUGCAAUUCAUGGGCGUGUACUCAGAGAAGCCGCUGGAUAUGCCCCCGCUCGCCUCGAUUGGCAUGGAGCAAGGACAGAUGGGCGCGGGAGGCCGUGGUGCUGGCGGGCGCAGGUCUUCGCAGAUGGGUCCUCCCGCGGCAGGUGGGCGUGGCCAAGGACUGGGGCUCGGCGGCCUCGGUGGAGCGGGUGGUGCCUUUGGGCGUACCGGGUCAGGAUCAGCCAUGGGUGGUAUGGGGUCGUUCUCCCACCCGCCCAAGACGAGCGAGGAGCGCUUCGCCCAGUCCAGCUCAGGCAUGCGACCAGGCGGCGCAUUUGGCAAUUCGGGGCCCAUGGGCUCGUUCAACGCCAGCAGCCGUACCCAGCCCCUGUCGCGUGGCGGCAGCGGGUCGGGCGCUCUGCCCUCUCGCGAGAUGAUGGGCACAGGCGUCCCUGCAGGCGCUCGCACAGCGUCUAGGCGUGGCCGCACACGAGAGCCAGGAGGAGGCCGCGGUGGUGAGGGCAAGGUCAACCCGCCAGAGAAGGGUGGGCCGACGAUCCCCAUGGACCAGGUUGUUCCUCUUGCUCACUCGGACACUAGAUGGCAGGCCGGUACCAAGGUCAGCGCCGAUUCGCCCGAGCUUGUGCAGCGCAAGGUCAAGGCGCUACUCAACAAGCUCACCGUCGAGAAGUUUGCCAGCAUUUCGGAUCAGAUUCUGGAGUGGGCCAACAAGUCUACCGAGGAGAAUGAUGGGCGCACGCUGCGCCAGGUCAUUGCGCUCAUCUUUGAAAAGGCCACGGACGAGGCUGCCUGGUCAGAAAUGUACGCGCAGUUGUGCCGCAAGCUCCAAGAGAAGCUCAGCCUCGACGUCCAAGACGAGGGCCUUCGCACAGCCGACGGCAAACCCGUCACUGGUGGUCACCUUUUCCGCAAGUACCUCCUCACCCGAUGCCAAGAGGACUUCGAGCGCGGCUGGGCCAUGCGAGACGCCAUGGUCGACGCAGCCAAGAGUAAGGAGGCGGAGGACUCGGCCAAGAAGGCUAGCAAUGAGAAGGCAGAGGCCGAGGCCAAGGAGGCUGCCGAGCGCGGUGAGAAGGUCGAGGAGAACAAGGAGGCAGAGCUCAUGAGCGACGAGUACUACGCUGCGGCCAAGGCGAAGCGUCGCGGCCUGGGUCUGGUGCGCUUCAUCGGCGAGCUCUUCAAGCUGUCCAUGCUCACCGAGCGCAUCAUGCACAACUGCAUCAAGAAGCUCCUGAGCAACGCUACAGACCCCGAGGAGGAGGAGAUCGAGUCCCUCUGCAAGCUCGUUACCACCGUCGGUCGCCAGCUCGACACGGAGAAGGCUCGCGGUCACAUCGAUAUCUACUUCCAGCGUAUGCAGCAGAUGAGCAAGAGCGAGUCGAUCAACUCGCGCAUGCGCUUCAUGAUCCAAGACGUCAUCGAGCUGCGCGCUGCGGGUUGGAAGGGCAAGCAGGAAUCUGCCGGACCGAAGAGCAUUGCACAGAUCCACGAGGACGCAGCAAAGCAGAAACAGCAAGCAGAGGCCGAGCUUGCUGCUCGUUCCCGCGGUGGACCCCCCUCUCGUGGUGGAUCGAGAAGAGGGCAGCAGCGUGGCGAUUUCCCCGGCCCUGGUCAGCCUGUGGGUCCCGACGGGUGGACGUCAGUGGGCAAUGCUCCUCCUCCGCCGCGACCGACCCGUACGGGCGACAUGUCCGCCUUUGGCAAGGGCAUCGAGCGCACCGGAUCUGGGCGACCGCUCUCUCUCGGCUUGGGACCGCAGAACGUCUUUGCCAAGAAGCAGCAGAAGAGCUCUGAGGACGGAUCCAAGCCGCCGAGCCGCACCAACUCGAGCGCUAACAUGUUCGAGAUGCUCAACCAGGCAGAACCGCCGCAGCAGGCUGAGCGACCCAAGCUCAACUUGGCGCCGCGUACUAAGCCGGCGCCGGGUAGCGAGGGGCAGGACGACGAGGGCGAUGAGGGCGAGGACGACGAAGAGGAGGGAGACGACGCAAAGGAUGGCGAUGCUGAGGACGCUGCCGCGCCGGCGGAUAUGGACGAUGCGACUGCGACACGCAAGAUCGACAAUGACGUAAAGGAGUACAUGGAGAUCCGCGACGUCAAAGAAGGCGCCAUGGCUCUCGAGACGCUCCCAGCAUCACGGCGCCCCGCCUUCAUCACCAAGAUCACAGAGGUGGCCCUCAACAAGAAGGAGGACGAUGUCCGUCUCGUCUCGCGUCUCUUCUCCUCUGCCCGUGAGUCGUCGCUGCUCAAGGACGAGGACUUUGAGGCCGGCUUCAAGGAGGCAGGAAUUGCCAUGCUGGACGAUAUUUCCAUCGAUGUGCCGAGCGUGUACAAGUUCAUGGCCAUCCUCCUCGUCGGGGCUGGGUUGCCGCAGGAGAAUGUGGAGAAGUUGGCAGAGAGUGUAGAGGGAGAAGGGAUUAAGACGCCUAAGCAGAAGUUGCUGGAGAAGGUCGAGGAGGAGCGUAAUGUUGAGGCGUAGGCGUAGGCGUAGAUGUGAAGAGCAAAACCUCAUCUCAACUCUUCUCGCUCGCCUCGCUCGCCUCGCUCGCCUCGCUGGUUCCCCCUCUUGUCAGUGUGUAUCCCCCCCCCCGCACCC